CGUGACUGGACACUAGCACGUACGUAGUAUAUAUGCUCCCACACGAAGAACAUCUCAAGCAAGAAAAGCCAUGGAAACCACAAGGCUAUCCUUGCUCUCUCUUCUUUCUUUCCUUCUCGUCGCGAUCGCUGCCGAGGCAACCGGCGGCGAGCUCAGCACGUUCAUCGUCCACGUGCACGCAGAGGAGAACCGCGUGUUCGGCACCGCGGACGACCGGAAGGCGUGGUACCACUCGUUCCUCCCCGACCAUGGCCGGCUCGUCCACGCGUACCACCACGUCGCCAGCGGGUUCGCGGCCCGGCUGACGCGCAGCGAGCUCGAGGCGAUGUCCGCCAUGCCUGGGUUCCUCAGCGCGACUCCCGACCAGACGUACACGACGCUGACGACGCACACGCCCAAGUUCCUUGGGCUGAACGUGGAGCAGGGGCGGCGGAGGUACACGUCGGAUUUCGGCGCCGGCGUCAUCGUAGGCGUGAUCGACAGCGGCAUCUUCCCCGACCACCCGUCGUUCAGCGACGAUGGCAUGCCGCCACCACCGGCCAAGUGGAAGGGGCGCUGCGACUUCAACCGCACCUCGUGCAACAACAAGCUCAUCGGCGCGCGCAACUUCGUCUCCACCCUCAACGACCCGAACGACACUUCCGCGCGGGUGCCGCCGAUCGAUGACUUUGGGCACGGCACUCACACCGCGAGCACCGCGGCGGGAGCGGUAGUGCCGGGCGCUAACGUGCUUGGCCACGCGUUGGGCACCGCCGCCGGGAUGGCGGCCCGCGCGCACAUCGCCAUGUACAAGGUGUGCGACCUGAACGGAGGGUGCGAGACGUCCGACAUGCUGGCCGGUGUCGACGCGGCCGUGGGCGACGGCUGCGACGUCAUCUCCAUGUCUCUCGCCGGGCCGUCCGUGGCCUUUCACCUAGAUCCUAUGGCCAUCGGGACGUUCGGCGCCAUCGAGAAGGGCAUUUUUGUGAGCAUGGCUGCUGGCAACUCCGGCCCGGGAGAGAGCACCGUGAAAAACGAGGCUCCAUGGAUGCUCACCGUCGCCGCGAGUACCAUGGACCGCUCCAUCCGUUCGAUCGUGCAGCUGGGGAAUGGCGCGUAUUUCCAGGGCGAGUCACUCUAUCAGCCAAACGCCGGUGUGCCCGGUGCCUUCUACCCGUUGGUGUCCGCCGGCGCGAGCGGGAAGCCACUCGCCGAGUUCUGUGGGAACGGCUCGCUGGACGGCGUCGACGUCAAGGGCAAGAUAGUGCUUUGUGAACUCACGAGAAACAUCACGGCGAUGAACCAAGGUCAGGUAGUGCUGAGUGCUGGCGGCCUCGGCAUGAUCUUGGCCAACCAGUUUGCCCAAGGCUACGACACAUUAGCCGAUGAGAACGUCCUGCCGUCGUCGAGCGUCGACUACCUCGCGAGCGCAGCCAUCAAAUUGUAUCUCAGCUCAACGGCGAACCCGGUGGCGCAUAUCGGCUUCAGGGGUACGGUACUCGGCACGUCACCUACUCCGUCGAUCGUUUACUUCUCAUCUCGUGGGCCUAGCCGUCAGGGCACCGGCGUUCUUAAGCCCGACAUCACGGGCCCUGGGGUGAACGUACUCGCCGCAUGGCCGUUUCAGGUCGGGCCACCGUCAGCACCAGUUCUUCCCGGGCCGACCUUCAACAUCAUCUCCGGCACGUCCAUGUCGACCCCGCACCUCGCCGGCAUUGCGGCGCUGAUCAAGAGCAAGCACCCGGACUGGUCGCCGGCGGCGAUCAAGUCGGCCAUGAUGACGACAGCCGACAUCACCGACCGCUCCGGCAAUCCCAUACUCAACGAGCAGCGCGUGGCGGCCAACCUCUUCGCCACCGGCGCCGGACACGUAAACCCAAUGAAGGCCGCUGACCCUGGUCUAGUCUACGACAUCACCCCCCAGGAUUACAUCGGCUACCUCUGCAGCAUGUACACGAGCCAACAAGUGUCGGUGAUCGCGCGCCGGCCGAUCGACUGCUUGACCACCGUAGUGAUCAGCGACCGCCUACUGAAUUACCCGUCGAUCUCGGUCGCUUUCCCAGCGUCUUGGAAUUCAACGGCCCCUAUAGUCGUGAGGCGCAAGGUGAAGAACGUCGGGGAGGUGCCUUCGGUAUACUAUGCGGCGAUCGACAUGCCGAGCAGCACCGUAAGCGUGGACGUAUAUCCGAGGGAGCUGGAGUUCAUCGAAGCGAACCAGGAGGUGAUCUUUUCGGUAUACGUGUGGCCAAGGCAGAGUGGUGCAAUGGUGGUGCAGGGUGCUCUACGGUGGGUAUCCGAGAAGCACACCGUGCGGAGCCCAAUAUCCGUCACCUUUGCUUGAUCACAGACUUGAUUUCUCACACGAUAGGUCGACAUGGCUCAAGUAUGUUUAUGUCUUUCGCACUUCUUGCUGAUUGUUAGUUUGUCUCGACUUAAUUUCCAAUGAUUCAAUUGCUUAAGAAAGGAUGAUUUUUUUUCUUGAAAAA